AUGAUCCUCGAGCUUCGACGAGGUUCACAGACCAAGAGUGCGGAAUAUAGUGCGUUAUCUCAAGAGAUAGUAAGCGAAGCCGCGGAAAUCCGUGCCCUCAGCACCACGGUUACCGUCAGGGUGAAAAACCUUGACGAGAUAGCCACGGACGCUGAGAUACAGGAUGCGUUUAAGAAUCUCUGCAAGAUCGGGACUGUCCAGAUCUCGGUCAGGAUGCGGGAUGGCACUCCCAGAUCUGGGACACAGGUGGCAUUCGUGAAGCUUCCGGUUGCGGCAGCAAACGCCGCACUCAAGUGUGGGUGGCUAAAGGUGGGUUGGUCUAUCUGCCAGAUAGCCAUCCCCCAGCAACCGGAAAGGUGCUUCAGGUGCGUGGAACUCGGGCACAAGUCUUUCGCGUGCAAGGGCACUAACAGAAGUGGUUUGUGUUGGUGGUGCGGUGAAGCCGGUCACCAGGCGGCUAGCUGCACCAAAGAAACAAAGUGUCUCCACUGCGGUGGAGGACACAGGGCUGGCAACCCUAGGUGCCCCCCCUUUCAAAAGGAGUCGGCUGCAUCUUCGCGGGGAUAG